AUGCAGAACCAGGAAGAGAGAGGCCUCGCAGACCUAAGAAAGGAGAGGAUUGAUUUUAUUCAGCAAAGGGAACCCGUCAAUGUCGGAGGAAAAUUGCUGGAGAGGAAGUUGAGCACCAGGAGAGGAACGACAGCUAGGCCAGCGAUAUUAAGUUGUUCGAGCAUGCUAUGCGAAGGGAGGGAGGGCAUGAUACUUGGGUUUCAGGGAGGGAAGAAGGGGAAUCGAGGAGAGCUUAUGCCUCCUUCAUCCUUCAAAACGAGCCAACACAAAACAGCCGGUUUCCAGCGACCAGCCGCCAAUGGGCUUAACAAAAUCAUGGAUCUUCGCACAGAAAUGCUUGGCUAUUACUUGGCUCCUCUACCCAUCUUCUGUGUAUCCCCAGCCACAUACAGAUCGGUGCUUACUGAUUGGUGCUGGGUGAGAGAGGGGCCUCGUUUGCCUCACUCAGCUCCUGGUGUCACUUGUCCGGCGUUACCGUUGCAGCCUCAACUGGGUCCAGUUGCUUUCGGCCUGCGAGAAUCUGAGACCCGUUUCAAAACCAGGCCUUGA